CGAGGUGAGCGACCUGCGCGCGCUCGUGGAGGACCCCCGGCUGAACCUCAAGGUCAUCCAGCUGGUCCGGGACCCGCGCGGCAUCCUGGCGUCGCGCAGCGAGACCUUCCGCGACACCUACCGGCUGUGGCGCCUGUGGUACGGCACCGGGCGCAAGCCCUACAACCUGGACGUCACGCAGCUGACCACCGUGUGCGAGGACUUCGCCAACUCCGUGUCCACCGGCCUCACGCGGCCCGCCUGGCUCAAGGGCAAGUACAUGCUGGUGCGCUACGAGGACCUGGCCCGCAACCCCAUGAAGAAGACCGAGGAGAUCUACGGGUUCCUGGGCAUCCCCCUGGACGGCCACGUGGCCCGCUGGAUCCAGAACACCGCGCGCGGCGCCCCCCCCCUGGGCAAGCACAAGUACGGCACCGUGCGGAACUCGGCCGCCACGGCCGAGAAGUGGCGCUUCCGCCUCUCCUACGACAUGGUGGCCUUUGCGCAGAACGCCUGCCAGCAGGUGCUGGCUCAGCUCGGGUACAAGAUGGCCACCUCGGAGGAGGAGCUGAAGAACCCCUCGGUCAGCCUGGUGGAGGAGCGGGACUUUCGCCCUUUCUCCUGACGCCGGCCCGGGCGGGGGCGGGGGCGAGCACACGACGCCGGGUUCGGUGAAAGCGGACCGGACCGUUUUAACUGUUGCCUUAUUCCCCCUCCCUCUCCCGCCCGUCUCAGCGUCCUUCCCGCCCCCCCACUCCCUCUGGCCUCUUUUGGUCUCUGGAAUUUGCACUAUGUCUUGGACGGGAAUCCCCGGGGGCAGAGGGCUCCUGUAGUGGGGGCCGGCCCCGCCCCGCCCCACUCAGACACACGGAUGUGGGGUCUCCACGUGGACGGUGACAAUGUUUACAAGCACCACACCUACACCUUCACACACGCACAGGGCCCGGGGCCCCGUGAGGAGAGGCGCCCCAGGCUGUCGGGAUGGAUGAGUGGUCUGGCUGUGUGGUCGGGGCAUGGUAGUUUUUGCACUGUCUUAUACAAGGUAAGAGGAGGAGAGCAAAAGGACCGCUUCUCUAGUUUCUGGGAGUGGUGUCCUUCCCUUCUGCAUCCCUGCUUCCUGCCCUUGAAGUCCCCUUCCUCCCGUAGAGCAGAGAAACGGCUCCCUCCCGCCCACCCCUGCCUGGCGUGAGCAGGUUUUUACUGUGAGGUGAACGUGGGCCUUGUUUACUUUUUCCAGUCUGUGGCGAUGCUGUCUGUCUGUCUGAGUCUUGUGGCCGCCCCUGGACCGGUGAUGACUGAGGAUUCUUAUGAAUUUCUGAUUGAUCUUGGGGUCCGUCUGUGAUAUUUCUUUGUGCCAAAAAGAAAAAAAAAAAAAAAGAGUGGAUCAGUUUGCUAAAUGAACGUUGAAAUGCUUUAUCUGUGUUUUCUGUAAAUAAAAGAGUGCAAUGAUCUCUG